AUGCCCAGGGGUUACGACCCAGAUAAGUUCCAGUUUGGAAAGACGAAGAUUUUCUUCAGGGCAGGUCAGGUGGCCUAUCUGGAGAAGCUCCGAGCUGAUAAGUUCCGCUUCGCCUGCAUUAAUAUCCAGAAGACCGUGCGAGGAUGGCUCCAGAGAAUUCGGUACCGCAAGAUCCGCAAGUCGGCUAUCACUCUGCAGAGAUACGGCCGGGGUUACUUGGCACGCAGAUAUGCAGAGAUGCUUCGCCUGACCCGAGCAGCACUUAUUUGUCAAAAGCAGUACCGGAUGGUACGAGUUCGACGGGAGUAUCUGAGGACCCGUCGGGCUGUGAUCACCAUUCAAGCGUUUGCCCGGGGCAUGUUCAUUCGCAGGUUAUAUCAGGAGUUCCUGCUCCAUCACAAAGCCAUGAUCAUUCAGAAGACCGUCCGUGGUUGGCUUGUGAGAAAGAAGUAUCUCCAUGCCAGAUAUGCUGCCAUUGUCAUCCAGUGUUUCUACCGCCGUGUACGUGCCAAGCGCCAACUCAAACAGCUCAAGAUAGCAGCCCGUUCGGCCGAACACUUUAAAAACCUCAAUGUCGGAAUGGAGAACAAGAUCGUGCAGCUUCAGAAGAAGAUGGAUAACCAGUCAAAAGAGUAUAAAACUCAGAAUGAGCAGCUGGUUGUUACUAACUCUACUCUGGGAUCAGAGGUCACCAAGCUCCAGAAAGAAGUGGAGACUCUUCGCAGUCGGCAGACUGCUGGCACUCAGGUGACAUCACUGCAGGAAGAGCUUGAGAAGUUGAGGGCGGAGCUCCAGGAAGCCCACGCCCAGAGGAAGCAGAUAGAGGAGGAGUUCAGCAACGAGAAACAAGGACUCGAACAGAGGGUGGAGGAGCUGGAGAAAGAGAACACGUUCUUGAAGAAGGAGAAAGAAGAGGUGAACCGCAGAAUCCAGACCUCCAAUCAGGGUGAGUUUCAUGCUUCAGAGUCACACGCACACUCAGAGCAUCUGGAGGAAGGA